CCUCCUCUUCCCAUUUGCUGGCUACUUAAGCACAAGAAUAUGUGUACAUCCCCUCAAAGAAAAAGAAUAAAUAUUGCAGAAAAGAAAACCUUUCUCUUCCAGCUUAUAAGGAGCUAGUUUAGCACUCUCUUUCCCAUAUCAUCUCAGUCUUUUUGUUUUUUGACUUAAAUUACUUAUCUGUGAUGGGUUCAUGGACAACAAAGCAAAACAAGAGAUUUGAGGAGGCGUUGGCAUUAUAUGACAGGGAUACUCCGGAUCGCUGGCAUAACAUUGCGAGGAAUGUUGGAGGGAAAUCAGCAGAGGAAGUGAGGAGACACUAUGAGCUACUUCUCAAGGAUAUUAUGCAAAUAGAAAAUGACCAAAUACCUUUGCCCAAAUACAAGCCUGCUCUAACCAAUGUUAGAGGUUAUGCUAAUGAACAGAGGCUUCUGAAGAAUCUAAAGCUACAGUGAGGAGAAACCUGCAACGAUGCUCAACAGUUCUGUACAAAAUUCAAUAUGCAAAAAAAAAAAAAAAAAAAAAAAAAAAAAAAAAAAGGGAGCAGCAUAAUUAGCAAAUUCAUCUCUAAAGUGAUUUGCAUCUUACUUUUAGUCCUCCUAGCCUGAUGUUUCUUUUCUAUACCCAGUUUAUGAAGAGAUCAAAAUGUACUACUAUCUUCGUGUGUGUUUUUGUUUAGUCCAAAAUAUGUUUCCUUUUCUA